AUGGCAAACCCUAUUACACUCUUCACUUUCUCACAAGGUACUAAAGCACCAGCGAGGCCACUGAAUUAUGACAAUUUCAGAGGAGGAAGGAAUCGCACAGAGGGUGCAUUUCGUCUUAUCGACGUCAAGGGUCUCACGUUGAGCCCUCCGGUUCUGAAUAUCGUUGAAUUUUCGGACAUAAAAUUUGGACAAAAUGCAGCACGCAAACUUUCUACUCUUAGCAUCAAAUACACAGCAAUCAGCCAUGUCUGGAAUCCUUCCCCCGAGGUUGAACAUCAAAUGAACGCUAUGAUUGACAAGGACUUAUUUGGGGUAGAAUUUGAUCCUCCGCAUGGCGGAACAGGAUUGAGAUUGGUGAACCUCAGUUGGAUUGGCCUGGACCAAAUGGCACAUGCUGCCAAGAUGAAAGGUUCCAAUUACAUAUGGCUCGAUCUCUGCUGUAUCGACCAGCCGGAUAGGAAAGACAACGAGAUGAAGUUUCAGAUCUCCAUGAUGGCCGACAUCUACCGGCACGCGAACAAUGUCAUUGUCAUGGUCGGCGGAGCUGGCUGUGUUCAGCACACCGAUCAAGUUAGCCCUUGGAUGGAAAGAGCUUGGACCCUCCAAGAAGCGAUUCUUAACAGGAAGACCUUUGUUUGCGUGUUGUGGCCAAAUCUUAAGAGAAAGGUGACAUAUAAUUUCAAAGGAUCACCCGUCGUGUGGACGUUCCAACAGGUAACAGCCGCAAGAUUCGCGCCAAAAAUCUCGGCUGGGGACGUUUUCUGCCUCAUUUCUCUCAAAGACCUACUCGACAUGGCCGAUGUAGACUCUUCGCUACUUAAACCGCCAGGCUGUCCAGAGAUUAGCGUUCUCGAUGGAAUGACGCUCAAGGCCGGUAAUGCACCAAGGCUAGCGCUUCGGACAGCAUGCUUGAGCUCCCCUCUGGCGAUAAAGUACACAGGCGUGUGGAGGAGCAUGUUCAUGCGAACAUCGACCAAGUCUAUUGACGUUGUCUAUAGCAUCAUGGGGAUCUUUAAACUGGUGAUCGACCCUUUCAAAAAGAACCACGAUCCUUCGUUUAUGUUCAAUGAUUUGGCCCGCAAGACAGGAGCAACACCAAGUAUUGGCGCAUGGGGGUGGCUGACUAUUGGCGGAGUUACUGGUAGUGACAUCCCGUUGGAUGGCACAUCUGGAAUAAUCCCACAAUUUCCCCACGAUGAAGCGAAGAUCGCUGCCACGACCAAUCAAGCUCCAGAGAUGAAUUUUGGGGGCAGGUGGGAAUGGGUCGGUCAUCAUGUUGAUCACUCCCCAUUCUAUAUCACUUCGCCAGGCUCUUACGGUACGAGCAAAAAUAUCAACUUCAUGACCCACUCUCAGCCACAUAUUAUAAACGCGACCAUGAUUCCUGUGAACUACAAGCCCAUAGUCAUAGGUUCGAGACCUGUCCUGACUGGUGGUCGGAAAGGCGUAACAAGAAAAGUCUCUAUGCUCAACCUCAUGCAUUCCUCGGGGCGAUGUGUUCACAGCGGCGACCUCGCUGGAUCAUGGAGCCAACCUGGAAGUAUUCAGGCCGUCUUUGUAGGAAACAUUGGAGAUAUGAGCAGAGCGGUCGAAGUUGCUAAACCUUUUCGUAGUUAUACAGGGUGGAUGUACUUUCUCUUCUUCAAAUACUCCAGGAGCGAAAAGAAAUGGGAAAUAGUUGCAAAUGGUGCCUGGCAGGCACCCACAGGAUGGAAGCUCCCUGCAUCCCGUCGCUCAAUCUUCAACGUUGGCAAUCAUGCACAGAAGCGGUUGAAGAAAUGGUCGGCAGAUGAUAACGAGUGGUUAGAUCAGAGGUAUCAGAUAUUUAGGCAUAGCUAUGGAGUAGAACCCUUGCGUGGAUGGUUAAGCGACAACCCUAAGGAGAGGAAAAUAAAAUGGUUUGGAACCAAGGGCUCCAUACCCCCUAUGGCUUCCGAACUUGUGUGGCGAAACUUUGAGUUCAAUUACGAUUUAUUGAAAAAUUUAGUCCCUCUCAUGAACAAAAUGAAUGAGAACGACGAUGAUUCAGAUGAAGAGGAUCAUCAAGAUGAGUCGUAUAUCGAAAAAGAAGAGAAUGCGCCACUCGAUGAUCUACUUAAACAGGGACACAUCCACCACUUGCGAGUUCUAUCCUGCAUCGUCGACGAGAACCGUAUCCCGCGAACCAGCACAACACAGACGCCCUACAAGAUCUUGCAGCAAGGCUCUAUGCCCAUGACUUACAGCUACGGGGAUUGGCCGAAAGCAGUACAUAUCAAGCUCGUCAAAUGCAAUGUUGAGGGCCUCAUGAUCCCCAAUCCGUGGAACAAUAGCGAACCAGUGUUGAAAUACCAGGUACGGAUUGUGUUUGGUUAUCGCGUCAUGUAUGUCCAGAUGAGGCAUAAAGGGAAGAGCGAUCAGAGGUUCUACAACAUGUACUGUGUGCCGUACAGGGCUCCCGGCCAAAGUGGUCCAGUCCGCAACAGGAAGAGUCUGAUAGCUCCGCAAAAUACUAGCUAUGGACCCUGGUCUUAUCAACUGCCGGCCGCAUACUAG